GCCAAAUCCAUUUUGAAAAAAGUGAAAGUAGCCUGUUUCAUCACCACACAGAUUCCAAUGAUCCAGUCUAAGCUUGCAGCAGUUAACAAUACAUGGUCAAAACGUAUUGAUAAGAUAUUCUACAUGGUUACAGUGAACAAAACAUCCAAUUUUACAUUCCCUAAUAUAAUGCCAGUUAAUAUCUCUAACGACAGACAACAUUUGACUGAAAAGACAGUCUACGCAUUUCGGUAUCUCUAUGACAACCAUUUAAACGAUUUUGAUUGGUUUAUGAAAGCGGAUGACGAUACGUACGUAGUGGUUGAGAAUUUAAAGUAUCUUCUAUCUCACUACAAUGCAUCGAAACCAAUCUAUCUUGGACAUCAUUUUAGACAUUAUUCCUUUAAUGGAUACAUGAGCGGUGGUGGUGCUUAUGUCUUAAGUCGAGAAGCAUUACGUCUACUGAUAGAAAAUGGCUAUAACGUACCCGGACGAUGUCGUCAACAUGGCGGAGCAGAAGACAUUGAAACUGGUCGAUGCUUAACGAAGGCAGGAGCAUUAGUAUACAAUAGUACAGAUAAAUAUAACAGAGAAACAUUCCAUCCUAUGAAUGCUUAUGGUUAUAUAAUAGGACCUAUACCUCGAUGGAUCACUGGAUACAGUCGUAAUGAAGCUAAAGAGGGUAAAGAUUGCUGUAGUCAGUUAACUAUAACAUUCCACUAUACCGGGCCUAGGUUAAUGGCCAUAUUAGACUUUUUGUUAUAUCGAACGAGUGUUUACGGUCGACAGCUUGAUUAUGGUCGUCUACAGGAUCUAUUCGAAGUGAAAACUGUUCGACCACCAACCAAGCGGUUCAUACCAUAUUUUUUCGAAACUAUGGAUGAUUAUAAAAAUGCAACUGUUUGGAAAGCCAAAAAUAACACUGUUUUAUGAAAUGAAUUUGUUUUGAUAUUUUUGUUUGUUAAUGUGUUACAUUGAAUUUUUGGACAGUUUUUCAAUCAAAAAGAAAUCCUGGUGAAUGUACAUGUAUUCAAUAAUAAAUGACAGGGAAUGGUUGACAAUCCGUUUGAUCUUCGUCUGAGAAACGAGAAUUUUAAAUUUUAUUAAGUUAAGCAGUAAUAGUGUUAACAGCUAGACCCUUGAACCGCCGCUUCCGCUGAUUCCUUUUGGGAUAGAAAUCAUCACAAAACCCCAGUAAGUUAACCAACUGUAAAGGUGGGAAUAGACGAUGUACGGUGUUCGGUGCUGUGUACUGUGUGGUAUUAUCGAUACAGUAGAAAAUAGAAGAAACGAAUCGUAUCUGCACCCCAAUACCUCAUGGGUUCGCUUCUUCUAUUUUCGUUUGUAUCGAUUAUUCUGCAUCGUACACCACACCGGACACCGUACCUUGUUUAUUUUAACCCUUUGAAUCAAGUUAUAACUGAUGAAAAUAAUUCAGUAGAAAUUACAUAUAUUUUAAAAGACAGACGAACCUUCAGAAAUAAAACAACUCUCAAGC